UUUUGUCCAGCAUUAGGUGGUGGAAAACCAACGCGAAUCUUCAAAGUUCACUUUCACGAUGCACUCGAAGAUAUGGGUUAUAAAAUGAAAGACACAGAAUUUGAUAAAUUGUGGGAUAAAUUCGAUACGGAAGAAUUCCGAGCGAUUAGUUCGGACAAAUUUCUCAAAGUUUUAUUCGAUGAAUCGAUUGAAGACGGUGUCACAUCUCAUCGAGAGGCUGUCAUAUUAAAGCCACGUUCUCCUCAAUUGCGCACAAUCCAAACAUCUCAUAGUGAUUCGGAAUUAAAAACACCUCGGCUUCAUUCGACACGAGGUGUUCUCGAUGAAAAUCAAGUACAACAAUGGUUGAAUCGUAAAUUUCCACAUGGUUAUGCUGAACUCGAACAUGCACUGGAGCGUUUGGAUGCAAAACAAACGGGAUCAUUACCACGCGAACGAUUUCUCGAACAACUGAAACGGUUUGGUUUAGACUUAGAAACGCCACUCUUAGAAUAUUUUCUCAAGAAAUUAAAUGUGGACUUAGCAUUGACCAACGAUGGCAUACCUUAUCAAGAAGUUAUCAACACAUUCAAGCAAAAAAGCGAUCCGACAAAGCGACGAAUCAAUGCGGAUAAUCCAGUGCAUAUCGAAGAAACUCGUCAGGCAGCAUUAGAACGACAAAUCGAUACGUCGAUUGCGAUGAAUUACGAACGAGUGGAAAACUUAUUAAAUCGAGCUGAUGGUACACAAAGUGGGUUCGUUACAGUGAACACAGUUCGAUCGAUAAUUGAAGAUCUGAUUGAAUACACAUUGAGACCGGAUGAAUAUCACGAAAUAAUCAAGAAAAUGCCAAUGGAUGACUAUGGUCGAGUGAAAUAUCGGGAUUAUUUGAAGCAAAUUCUUGAAAGAACGUCAUAUUUACAGGAAGGAAAGCAACGGCAACCAAAGAAUCCAAAAUAUGAAUUUAUGGUCUCGACAAACGUGCGAGAAAAAGUCAACCCGAAAGAAUUAACUCAGAAGCCUUAUGAACCAGAAAGAACAAGAACAAUCGAUGAACUCAGCGACUUCUUGAAAAAUUUAAUUCGAAAUCGUUCGAAGGACAUUGAAGAUGAAUUCCGAAAAAUCGAUCGUGGUUCCUAUGGUGAAUUAACUCCGGACCUUCUCUAUAACUUAUUUCGACGACUUUAUCUCGAACCGGCGAUAACACGUGAUGAAGUAGACUUAAUUUGGGAACGUUGCCAUUUAAAACGCGAUGGAACACUAGAUUUUUACCAAUUUCUCCGUGAAUUUGGUUAUUCUAAACAAUCAGCACACUAUCCGAAUGCGCGAAACCACCCGCCGAAACGAGGCGAUGCAGAUUUCAUUUUAACAUCGAACAAACUCUACGGAGAAAACAUUCUUGUUCACACUCACGCAAGAAACGUGAUUCGAACGAAUUGGGAUCGUUUACGACGAGAAUUCGCCGAGUUAGAUCCGUACCGAACAGGUUACGUUCAACCGGAGGAAUUCGACGACGUUCUAAGUGAACUCUGUCCAGCGGUUAAUCAAGAAGAUCUCUAUUUGAUCAAAUCGAAAUUGCACACGCAACACGAUCCAAGAAUGAACUAUAUGCGAUUUUUGAAAUGCUAUGCACCAUUGUCGGAAUCAUCGAAUCUUAUGGAUGAACCGAAUAAAAAUCUUUUACAAACGAUUGAUGAAGAAACACCUCGAACAGGAGCGUCUGAUCGAUUGGUAUACACUCAAGUUUGCAUUAAACUUCGAAGAAAAUUAUCGGAUUCAUAUAAACCCUUGCGUCGAUCAUUCAAACAACAAGAUAAAACCAAUAGUGGAUCGGUUCCAUUGAAAACAUUCAAAGAUAUCCUCAAUCAAUAUCAAUGCUCGCUGAGUGAUGAAGAGUUUUAUACAAUCGCUUCACAAUUGGAUACCAAAUUGGAUGGAUCGAUUAAUUACAACUACUUUCUUCAACAAUAUAUUAAAAACGUUUAA